AUGGACUCCCUUCCGUGCCAGGACACCGAAAAUCGACCCGCACGUCGGUCCGGCCAAAACCCAAUCAAUGACUGGGAGGGCAAGGAGGCGGUUUGGAGUCGCCUCCAACAAAUAAGCUCCACAUGUCCACUCUGGGAGAACGGAAGUUCCCCAAAACCCAUGGGACUAGAGGCUUGCAACCUGCCCGUGGAGUCAGUAGGCUACCGAAACGGAAAAGGACUAGGAGACGAUCGUACUUAUAACGCACGCACGCUUGCAUCGGAAGCGGCCAUCGAAGAUCUGAUGGUGCAAGCCAAGAAGACAAGUACGACGUCAUCGGACGACCGAACGAGACGACGUCACUCUCUCAACGCUGUAUUUGAAACGGAGAAGAACUGUCUAGGAACAUGCGACGUAGAGGCUACGAAGAAGAAGAAGUCGAAGCUUUCAUAUGGACCGGAGAAGUUCUACCGAGAAGAUCAUGCCUUACAAGGUCAUAAUUGGCGACUCAACGCCAAAGUGGCCCAAGAAGAACGCCGGAGGAACUUCACAUCGGGACCCACGGCCUACAAUGGAAUGACCAGGGGAGAGGCUCUCCGCGUUCAUCAUGACGACUAA